CAAUAUUCCUUUCUCUUUAGACUUUCACCUUGACGGCCCUAGUACUUAAUCCAGUCAAGCAGCUUGCUAGGCUCGUUCUGUUACACGGAGCGAAGAAUUUGAGCGUUGCCUUUGUACUUUCAGCAAGAUGAACAUCUGGACAGAACAUCGCAAUCCCGAAGGAAGGACAUAUUGGUUCAACACUGGGACAAGGGAAAGUGUCUGGGAAAAGCCAGAUGAGCUGAAAACUCCAUUUGAGCGCGCUCUCAAUCAAACGAAAUGGAAGGAAUAUUUCUCUGGAGGGCGAAAGUAUUAUUACAAUACUGAAACGAAAGAGUCUAAAUGGGAUAUGCCGGAUGAGCUCUUGCUAGUGUUGGAAAAGGUAGAGAAAGAGGGUCAAGCUACUGCGGUGGUACCGGCUGGCCAACCUGCUUUGACUGCGCCUCCAGCGUCGGACGCCAAUGGCAGUCAAACACAACCGAACGGAAAUGAACUGGCCGUGGGCGCACAUACAGGAGGCCUUCCGCUGGCUUCAAGCAGUAUCUUACCUGCUCGACCGAACCUUCCGGACGAUCCUGUCAUACCGCACAACGGCUUUGCUACCGUGGAGGAGGGAGAAAAGGCAUUCACACACUUGUUAAGGAAGGCUGGAGUUGAUGCCAACUGGACAUGGGAUCAAACAAUGCGAGCUAUCAUUACCGAUCCUCUGUAUAAAGCGCUAAACUCCCUUGCGGAGAAAAAGAGUGUCUUCGAAAAAUAUACCACCUCUUUAAAAGUUAAAGAAAAAGAGGAGCGGGAAGCUCGACUAGCGAAGUUAAGGCCGGCCAUUCGAAACAUGUUGAAGGGCAACCCGAGUGUGUUCCAUUACACGACUUUUGCAACCGCAGAUAAGCUUUUCUCUCAACAUCCCAUUUGGCAGCAGGCAAGGAUUGAGGCUGAAAGGAAACUCAUAUUUGAGGAAUACAUUCAAGAUCUCAAGCAACGUGACGCGCAAGACAGAUCUGCGGCUCGUACCCGAGCCACUGCCAAGGUGGUGUCGCUUUUCAAGCAACUUGAUGUGGAUGUUCUUACCCGAUGGAGAACGGCUCACAACCUCAUUCUCGAUUCAGAUGAGUGGAAAUCAGACCCUGAGCUCCAAAGACUUCCUUCUCUGGAUAUCCUACUGGCAUUUGAGGACUACAGUCGGGUGCGAGAACGGGAGUACGAGGAGCAGAUGCGCCGGGCGCAGGUCGAAAAGACGAGGAAAGAAAGAAAGGCCCGAGAAGCUUUCAAAGCUUUGCUUCGAGAGCUAGUAGAAAAUGGGAAGAUCAAAGCGCGAUGCAAAUGGAAACACGUGUAUCCUUUGUUCAGUACUGAUGAAAGAUACCUCAACAUGCUAGGAAAUCCGGGCUCCAACCAACUGGAGCUUUUUUGGGAUGUAGUGGAUGGUCUUGACCAGAAAUUAGAUGCCAAAAUUGACAUCGUAACUGAGGCGUUCAGGGGGUACAGGCCAGAAAGCGUUGAGGGAGACGCCGAAGUAGUGGGGUUCGCCGUAGGGCCAGAGACUACGGAGGAACAAUACCAGAACGUCCUCAAGGCUGUCAGCACUGCAAACAUAGAAGCCCUGACAUCGGAAGAUAUUCAUGACAUCUAUGCUGCUUUACGUGAUGCUGCAAUUCGGAAACAGGCUGAGGAGAAACGAAGGGCGGAGAAGCGGCAACGACAUCUGCAGGACGAUCUACGAUAUGCUCUAAAGAAACUUCCUGAACCAUUGGAUAUCUCGUUGUCUUAUGAAGCUGUCGUACCUUUCAUCGAACACCUACCUGAAUACAAGGCCUUAGAAGACGAAGAAUCCCGUCGAUCGGCUUUUGCGAAAUUUGUAAAACGACAAAAGGAACGCCUGCGCGAGGCAGCCGGUUCCGAGGAUGGAGGGUCGACAACUAGCAGGAAGCGAAAAGAACCUGCGCGUGAUGGCGACCGCGAACACGACAGAGAGCGAGACCGGGAUCGUGAACGCGAACGCGAACGGGAACCGUCUUUCAGGGAGCGAGACCGUGAUAGGGAACGAGGCAAAGAUUACGACAGAGACAAUCGAAGACAUCAUUACCGUCAUGAUGACUAUGACGGUCGGCGAUCUUCUCGCGAAUAUCCGAGAGCUGAUAGGGACGAGAAAGACAGAGAACGUGAUGGAUAUCGGUCACGACACCAUAGGGAUGAUAAGGACGACCGCAGACGGGAUAGAGAUAGGGACCGGGACCGGGAGAGAAGCUCGCGGCCAGACUAUGGUCCUAAUUAUAAUGAUGUACCGUCGCGGAAGGAGGGUCGAGAUGAGGGUCCCCCAAAAGAGGAGCCUCGAGAAAAACGGGAUGCUCCUGAGGACAGGCUUGCGGAUGAUCGCGCAGAAAAGAGACCGCGUUAUGAUAGGGAAGAAAGUAUAGGGAAGAAACCCGACACUCGUGCAGAGACUCCAGAAGAGGGAGAAAUAUGAAGACUUUAUGUCUUCAACUGACUGUUGCAUCGUCGUUUAUAAUGAAUAAUCAAGCAGAAAUCUGUCCUUUGU